CAGUCGACAACAAGGAGAUGCCGCACCAGUCGGAGGGGAACAAGAAGUAUCUGGAGUUCCUCAAGAGCUUCAUCGGGAUUGUGCGGAUUCUCCAGAUCGUGCUAGGAGCUUGCCUUUGGGGCACCAUCGCUGCCAACAAGUAUGGGGGCUCCAUUCACUUUGUGCUGUUUGUGGCCGUUCUGUUUUGGCUCCUAACGCUAGCCCUCUUUUUCCUCACCCUGCUGGACAAGCAGGACCUUGUCCCCGUUGUGGGCGGGGAACGCUGGUUGCUAUGCAACAUGGUGCAUGACAUCGCAGCCACCCUACUUUACCUCCCGGCCAUCGGAAUUAUGAUCCACCAAACGGAAAAGAACUCCUACUGCAAUCUGGAAACGUAUCAGCAUAACUGCUUGUACAAGGUCUACCUCGCCGCCUCUGUAUUCGCCUGCCUGACUGCCACUGCUUACCUGCUCUCGGCUAUCUACGGCUCUUGCAGAAAGUGCCGGAACCAACAGACUUUACUUUAAAUGGUUGGAAGCAGCAUGAGAUGGUGAA